AUGAUGCAACGUGAUACUGAGGGGUCUAGUACCUCUUUUGGUUCUUGCCGAACUGCAUCUGAUGUUUCCUCGCAGGUUUUAGAGGCUUUUAAUCAGGCGGAGGAACGUACAUCUGCUGUGUGGAGCCGUAUUGGGGUUGCUGAAGUGGACAGACGAAAUAAGUGGAACAGUUUUGUGGAAAGUCGCUUACUUGUGUAUGUGAAUGACUUUGUUCGACUGCAGGAGGCGGAGGAGAUGUCCCUCGCAGCGGAGAACGACCGACUCUUUCGGGAAAUGUUUUUCGCCUCUGUACGGUUGAAGGAACCUCCUCAAUGCAAAAUGUUGUCUCAACUUGUUGAGUCUAUCUUGGAACAAUCUGCAUCUUUGUCGGCGGAAAAGUCUGAGGAUGACCAACCCCCACUGCGUAAGAGAGCUAUCACACCAGAUAUGUCUAACAAUGGGGAACUGUGUUACAAUGUUAGCUCGCGGAGUGGCUCUCCUCUCCGUAAUAAAAUGUACGCGGAUGCUACCAUAGAUGAGAUGAGUGAAUCUGUCACUCUACCAUCUUUUGUCACCGCGACAACGAUGCUGGCCGCAAAGUGGGGAGACACACCAGAUGAUCGUAACACAUCGCGUUUACCCUCUUUUCACAAUGAAUUUCAGCGGCAGAAGCGGGAGCGUAGUAGUCCGAACCCGUCGGCGCUCCCUCAAGAGGGAAUACAUCAACGAGACUCAGCCUGGACGGCACUGUGGCAUCUGGCUCAGAACAUGACCCACCAGGAGCUUAACCGUACUCUUGAAAGCGAGGUAGAGCGCAUGAACUUCCUUGCUGACGUUAGACUGGGACAGUUAUGCUUUUUGUACAAGCAACACGCUUUGUUACAGUUGCCACCACAAGAACAAAUAGAGCUGCGAAGACAGUAUGCCGAAAAGUUUCUUUCGACUGACGUUCACGGAAAAGUGUUGCACCAAUCCCGCCACGCAUCGCUGGUUCCGGGGCUUGGUAACCAAAACCUAAUGAACGCAGUGCGACCCACCUCUUCUGACGCGAAAACCCCGGGUAUCUCCUCAUCACAAUGCACAAUCGGCACGUCCGACUGCAGAAGCUCUGUCGUGAGGGAUGAGUUUGACCUUCUUUCAGAUUCUAUACCUGACCAACUACGUACGUCACAGGGAUUUCCACCACUGAACUACGUUGGUGGCAAAGGUAGUGGUAACGACACAGAGGAGAGCUGCCGCAGUGGAGGCUCCUCUGCUGGAGCCCAACGAGGCGAAGCCUCAGCGCGUGGAACCAUCUUCGCGGUUGAUGUGGAUGAUGUUUUGCGCUUUGGGCGGCGACAGGACUUGUCGUUAGAACGCAUAAAUACUGAAGCACACGUAAUUCAUGGAAAGAUCAUUGCGCAGAAUACCCGUAUGGCUGAUGAGUGCGAAGGGGAGGUGAAGUGCAUCGACGAGCUCUGGGCCAUGCUAGAGGACACUAAGUCCACUGAGAAGGGCGAGAGGCGCAGCGGAAGAGGACAAGAAGAGGGUGGUGAAGGGAUAUCCCAAUUUGCGAAGGAUAACGAAAGUGCAGUUCCAUCACAACAAGAGUUUAUGUCCCGUUUAAAUCAGUUGCUAUAUGAUUACGAGCAUCCAGAGGAAUGUGUGUCUCCGGCCGUGCUGCUUCCAGUGGAGGGGGGAAAACACUUCGAUUUCUCGGAGGGGACUCCAGGUCAAAGGACUGUUUCGCCCGUUCUAAGUUGUGGCUACAACGCUGGCGCUUCCAAUAGCAUCACUGGUGCCGGUGGGCCUGUCAACCAUUUGCCUGCACCGCUUCUUAAACUCUUUACUGUGCCCUCUUAUGCGCCUAUCCUUGCAUAUGCUGUCAAUAUGCGAGAGCGGCUGCAACGCUUUGUGCUUCAGAAAAGGAUGUGCCUGGUGCGCAGAGUCACAGAUCAAUUGACUGAUGCGUACCAGCACUAUUACAAUCGGACCCAUGAUCCUGCAUACCGUGUGACACCAGAUUACUCGCAGUGGAUGAAGGGGAUCAGUGGCACUGCGUUGGCUGGUGGACUCAACCUUAGCACUAGCAUCAGCAUCAACAAUAGUGACAGCGGUUCUGUCUGGCAGCAACUACUGUACAAAUUCAAACCCCGUGUGAAUAAUGAGGACUUGAAAGAGCUUCUUAAAGAGGUUCAGCACGUUGAGCGUCGUGCAGGGGCUGAAUUGGACUCUCUUAAUGCACGUCUGAGGAUACUAGACGAGCUUGGUCCGUUGCUGCAACGGCGGGAUGAAAUUCUCCAGCAACAACGGGCAAUUCAAGAAGGCAGCCGCGAACGCCUUCUCAGCAGAAAGGUGAACAUGGCCAAGCAGUUGCUGUAUGAAGAAAACGUACGUCGCCAGUGUGUGCACGAGCUGCCAAAGAUUUACGGACAGAUAGCGGAGUCGUUGCGACGUUGGAAUGAGGAGGUCACCGACAAGAGUAGUAAAGGAGAAACAAACAGCGCUAGACGUCUUCUUAUCAACGGCGUGGAUGUUGCCGAGCUUAUCAACGAAUAUUACGCCUCGGUAGCGAGCACAACAAAUACCCGCCGCCCCGUGCGUUCAAGGUCAGCGACAGCAAGUGCCACCACGAGUAGAAACAACUCGCCAUCCCCUUUGCCCUCUCGAGGCGAUGCCCACGCCCUGACGCCACCACGUCACCCGAUGCGUAAAAUGUCUCCUGCACCACGCACUCCAAUGGCUCUUCGUGAAGAGUACAUUCCCUCAGGGAAGCCAUCCAUAGUGAAUCUUGGGGCAUCACCGAGUUUGCGUGUACGGUCUCAACCUAAUAUUAGUCAACGUCCUGCCAUGAAAUCUGGCGAACCGUCACCAGUGAAGACUAUGACUCCGUUGACGAGGAAGCUUCACCCUCAUAACCCCCACCUCCGUAGUGAAUCACCCGUGGCGGCAACGCGAGAAACGCUUUUCAAAGAUUCACGAAAAGCAAACAGGUAA